AUUGCCCACAAACAGCCCCAACUUGCGGCCUCGCAGGGGGAGGUGCUUAUGGGGUAGUGGGCGGGAUUUAUUGUAAUAUUAGUAGUAAUACUGUGUAAACUAGUCAGCAGCAUUAGUUGGCACAAAUCAUGGGAAUACAGAUAGUAACUUCCCAUGCCAGCAAGAAAUAUGGCCGCCUGAGUGCAAGUCGGCCAUUUUGUCAUGGUAUAACUCCCCAGCGCACAGUAGCAUCAGUGGCAUUUCUUCAGUUGAAGCUUUUGUGGCUGAUGCUAGAGUCUGGCCUCUGGAAGGGCGAGCUAGUCUGUUUCGGCAACUAGUGUAUUACUUCCAGCGUAUUACCUGCGGUAUCCUACUGUUCGGAGCACCAUAAAAUCUGUGCUUUUCUGGACUUUUUUUUUUUAUAAUUUUGGUUUUUAUUUUUGACAUCGGAGAUGAGCCGGAGAGAACUGAGGCGGCUCCUCGAGGACCAGAGGCGGUGGAGGAGCCGUCAUGGAAAUCCUGAUGAUGCUUCGGAGACCAUCUUUGAGGAGAGGCUGCGGUCCGAGCGGAGAGGAGAAAGAAGAGCUCGUCAGGAUCAGAGACCUCAGAGGGAGAACAGAGAGAGAAGCCGUUCUCCACUUCCUGCUCCCGACGCUGCAGAGAGACCAAACCCAGAUCAUCUCCCUGGUCAUCUUCAUCUCACCUUUCAUCAACCAGCAGAGAAUGGGCAGGAUCUCCCGGCCAUGGUGGUGGAGCUCACUACGCAGAACCUCCCGGCUUUCCUGGUGGAGAUCAGAAUGCGGAAUCUCCCACCCAUGAUGAUGGUGAUCGGCGGACAGGAUUUCCCGCCCAUGGAGGUAGAGAUCAGCGGGCACAAUCUUCCAGCCACGGUGACCGAGAUCAACGAGCAGAAUCUCCCCGUCAUUGAGGUAGAGAUCAGCGGAUUCCCAUCUCACCAUACCACAGAGGAUGAAGCCACACAGGCGUGUGUGGUCUGCUUGAUGGAGUUUGGACAUGGAGAACGGGUGACUGUCCUGCCCUGCAGCCACAAGUAUCACACCAGCUGCAUCUACCAGUGGAUGGACACAAACCCCAGCUGUCCUGUGUGCCGGAGAGACUGCAUCCCGAGGCCGGUCCUGUGGCGGAUCUCCUGAGUAUGGCAGGAAGAUGAAGAUCUACAGCACCGUACAUUCUGUUAUCUACCCCUGGAGAGUACGGUGGUUUGGAACAUUGCACAAGUGUUGGACCCAUACUGUGCAUUUGCAGCCUCCGUUUCCCAAAAUGGAUUUGUGUCGCUGCCAUUGUUGUUGGGGAGGGAUGGGGCCAGGAUCUCCAUCUGAGAUUUCCUGGUCCCUUCAUAGUAGAUGCGGUGGUUGGCUUGUGUGACUUCAUGGGUCACUCAGACGUGUGUUAGUGUCACAGAAGAUCGGAUACUCCAUCCUAGAAUGCGGCUACAUCUGUACUUAUAGGAUAUGAGGAUGACUUGAGUGCAGAGGAGAGUUUAGAGAAUUAUCAGAACUAGUACCAGGUUGUUGGCUAGAGUAGGGGCGCGGAGUCUUACCCCAUUGGUGGUCUUUUCCAGGGAACCUCGCAAGGGGAUUUGGGUUUCACUGCACCCGGUAGGCAGGUAGCGGACCCUGACUGGGUCUCCUGGGCUAGGACUAUUGAUUCUGACUGAACUGUAGAAGAGGUCUGGAGACAACUAUGGUUUACUUUUAGCUUGAAGUUGGAUAGCAGAUGUAGCACUGACAAACGGAGAACAGAAUUGGUGCGCUGACUGGGCUAGAACUGGAAUAAUAACACUUGGCAAUAUUGGAUUGAAUGGAACUGGAGUGCUGACCAGGCUGGAACCGGAAUGAAGACACUGGUAGUACAGAACUGGUACUGGACCAGACUGGAACAGGAAUGAAGACACUGGUAGUACAGAACUGGUACACUGGUAUUGGACCGGACUGGAACCGGAAUGAAGACACUGGUAGUACAGAACUGGUAUUGGACCGGACUGGAACCGGAAUGAAGACACUGGUAGUACAGAACUGGUAUUGGACCGGACUGGAACCGGAAUGAAGACACUGGUAGUACAGAACUGGUAUUGGACCGGACUGGAACCGGAAUGAAUACACUAGUGAUACUGAACUGGAACCGGACUGGAGAGGUACUAAGGAUUGCAGGUUCUAAGGUAUAACCUGUGAACACUGAGGAGCGCAGCUACAAGGCUCACCCACUGAACUGUGGGCAGCACGCUGCUGUAACAUCUAUGCCCUCUGAGCACAAACAAGCGGCCGGACGGGUAAGAAACAGGGAUUACCCCGGGACACACCACCAGCAGCCGUGACAUGUAUAAUGUUGCCUGGUUGAGUGAUGGUGUUUUUUGUUUGACGUCGGGUUUCGGUUAACGGGUUUGUUUUAAUUUUGCCUGUCAGGUACUUCCCAUGUGUAUGGUGUUUGGUAGGAGGACUCACAGGGUAAUGGCGGAAGUGCAGUGGUCGAUUAAUUUCAUGUGGCUGGCUAGGGACAUUAUUUUGGGAUAUCCUUUUUUUUUAAACAGUUAAGAGGAUACAAAUCUGGGUUUUCCAGCCAGUUACACAUCUGGCUCUCCAGUUUAUUGCGGACACUGACGGAUCUUCAGCUUUGACCCCCAUUUUAUUUUUCUAUGCGAGACUGCGUGCGGUGCCUGGGCCUGGAGAUUGGGUGAGUGAGGGCUUUGACGGGGAAUUUGCGUCUUCUUAAACUUUUCCCUGUAAUGGAGGCCUUGGAGUUAGGGGUGUGUGUUUUGGAGAACUGACCAAUGUAUUCUGAUGGAACAACAUUGGGGUUGUGCUGACUUUUCAUUGGAAGGGAGUGUCCAACUUUUCCCACUGUUUCAUGUUUUCGUGCGUAUUGCAUUAUGGUGCUUGCUGUGUUCCUCAUUGUGCUCUGAGCAUGUGCUGGGGUGGAGAAUGGCAUCGUUAAUGCACUUCACGCUUGGAUGGGUGACAUUUUGUCUGAAGGCCCCUCAUGCAGACCCAGUUGGCGAGUGUGUUCCUCUAAUGUGUGCCAUGUGAUAUGGCUGCCAUGGAGGGUCUUGCUCACGGGUCUUGGUCUCCUGUUACAUAUUCAGCUUUAUGUUUUGCGGCAGAAUCUGUGGGAGCAUUGAGGUAACGGAGGAGGCAGUCGAUUUCUUAGAAUCUAGCAUUUGUUAUUGAUGGGCUGCUGUUCUGGAAGCUCAUGAAGACAGUUUUUGGUGCAAGUUUGUCUUGGUCAGAGACCUUUUUAGUUUGGCCUUUGCCAUGGCCUUCCAUGGAGUGUUUCAGGUUGGGGAGAUUGUUGCUUCAUUUGGAACGGUGAUUCCUCAUUUGCUUUCGUUGCAUGUUUCGACGUUUGGUUUUUCAUUGGAGUGCUGCCCUGAUCGUAGACUUUAUCUGGUGGUCUUGGAGGUGUCUUUUUUGAGGCUCUAUCCAGACGUUGCGGCUACAUGGUUAAGGCACACUAAUGCCUCACCGGUUACUCGCUAGCAAUGCGGUUGGGUUUUAGACCAUUGCAUCUUGGCACUGGGUCGUUCGCCUAUCAACUCGUUUCGCAUUGGCACCACUAUGGCUGACACUGCAGCGGGCUGGUCCAUGGUCAUAAUCCAGGCGCUUGGCAGAUGGAAGUUUGAUGUGUACAAGAAAUACAUCAGACUUCAGUCUGGAUCUUAAUCCUUACUUGAGGAAUAGCUACUCGCCACCUUUGGUGGGGGUCUCAAGGAAUUUUUGUUUAACCACCAGUUCUUAACCCAGGCUUAAGCCGGCUGGUGGAAGUUUUGCGUUUUCGCCUUGAGUCAAGUAAGGAUCCCCUCUCCCUCCUCAGUCACCAAAUUAGGCCCCGCCCAUUUAGUGCUGUUCAUUAGUGGCUGCUGCUAUUUUGCUUGGUUUGUUGGUUGACCGGGUUCUGUGGUCAGUUGAUUUACCUUACUGGUAUUGGUCUUCAUGAAGGUACUCAUUCUGGUGAUUAUUUUAAUUGGUUUUGGGUCAUUCACAUGUGUUUUUGACUUUCCUGUCUAGUUGCAGUGUUGGCUUCAUAUGGAGGAGGCUAGGCGUGGAUAUUAGUUUGGUUCAAGGGCACCACCGGUCCCGGUGGGUCCUUUGCCUCUCUGGGAUAGGUUAGUGCUUCAAGUUGAUGGUGAUGGAGGCAGUUGGCCUUUUCCCUUGUGAGUUGUUGUCCCUAUAAGGGGCUGGGAAAUUUGUCUUUCCUCUUCUGAGUUGUUUGGCGGGUUGGGGGCAAGUGGCCUCAUCCUUGCAAAUUUGUGCGCAGUUAGCCCAUUUGGUUUGUUAUGUUUAUAAAUUAUUCCUAUAGCUAGGACAUUCUUCCCCUGCCACCAUACCCAAUUUUAAGCCAGAAUUUAAAAUCCCAUUAAAUAAAAAUCUGACUCCUUUCACUCCAA